AUGAGCUCACGGUACUCAACUGCAGCGCACCUGCGUGAAUUAAGAAAUCAGCUCUUCGAUACGCCGUCGCCGGGAAGACUGAGAACAUCUACUCCACAACGAAUCAGUUCGCCAUACGACAAACCAGAGUCUGUUUCAGCUAAGCACAACGAGUCAUUCUUGCUGUCGCUUGAAAGCCAGAAUGAUGAUGAAGUGAACUCAAUGUCACAGAAAGUGGCAGCUCUAAAGAACCUUGGUGUCAAGAUGGGCGGACAAAUUAACACGUCGAUGAAGCUCAACGAUGAAAUCACCAACAAUUUCGAAAAGGGUAAGGUCACCUUGAAGAAUACAUACAAUAAGAUGGUCGUCAUGAGCCAGCGGGCUGGAAUAUCGUGGAAGAUGUGGCUAGCGUUCUUCUCAAUAUUCUUCCUUUGGUGUUUCUACGUGUGGCUUUUCUAG